AUGGCCUCCUCUUUUUUCCUUCAAGCUCCGCCACCGCGGCACUGCGGAGAGUGGAACUACAACUACUACGGCAGCACCGAGCUCGCCACGCCCGCGGCGGCGGCGGAGCUGGAGGCCUGCAGCGACGUGUGGUUCAAGUACUCGCCGCCCCCGCGGAAGCAGCCACCGCCGCUCAGUAGGAAGGUCCGGAGGCCGGCGGACAAGUCUAACGGCGGCGGCAAGCGCCCCCGUGCUGCGAGGCCUGCGAGGAGGUGCGACGGCGUGGUCCCGUCGUCUGUGCCGCGCACACCGGCAAAGAGCACCGGCACGGCUAAGGUGGCGCGUGUGGUGCAGCGCGUCGACGCCGACCUGUACCAGGUGCCCCCGCCGGACUUCGUCCACGACGACGACCUGAGGCCAAGGGUAGUAUGUCCGCAGAUAUUGUAG